AUGGCAAUUGCCUCUCUGUCCUCUGCGUCGCCUGAAAAGACGACUUUUGAGGGGCCUCGUUUGUCGCGUCCCACUUUCACGGCAAUCGCGUCCGUAUGCAAGCGCGCGUUCAUCUUCUCCCCCAUUUACGCGCCGAACGCGCCGUCGCGCCUGCCCCCCAACGAGUUCCUCGCGGGCGCGGCGCUGAUGGCGGGGCGCGCCGUGUCGUUCGUGCUGCGCGCCGCGCUCAUCGCGUUCGUGUGGCUGCUGCUCGUGCCGUUCCUCACGAGCUCCAUCUGGCACCUCUGCUUCCUCCGCGACUGGACGCGCAUCGGCGCGCUCUUCCGCGAGAGGCUCACGGGCGGCGCGGUUUUCCAAGACUGCGUGCUGGGUUCGUCUGGGCGACCGUUUUCGUUCAGCGACCCUGCAGGUGGCUCUGCGACAGGCCCUGCGACUGGCCCUGCGACGGACGGCCAGCCGUUCGUGUUUGGUGCGAAUCCGUCCGCCCAAGAGAUCCGUCCGCCGGCGAGGUUUUACUUUCGCCCGCCUGGAGAGGCGAGGCAAAUGGUAACCGGGCAGGUGGCUGGAGAAGCGGGGCAAAUGGUAACCGGACAGGUGGACGAGCGAGGCAGGAAUAGCAGGAGGGACGAUCGGGAAAUAGGAGAUUUCGGGAGGGAAGGCGCAGAGGGGCAAGGGGCGGUGAAAGCGGCAGGAGUAGGAGCAGAGGAAGGAGCGGCGGGAGAAGCGGAGGGAGGAGGGAUAGGGAGGGAAGGGGAAGAGAGGGAAGGAGCAGCGGAAGGUGGCUAUGCGGUAGCAGCAGGUUCUGAUGCUACCGUGUCUGGGGCGGGGGGAAAGAGUGCUUUUGAGACGUUUCAUAAGCCGCCUGCUGAUACUGUGGCUGGGGCUGGGGGAAAGAGUGCGGGGAAGGAAGGCGGAACGGAGGACGGAGGCCGCGGGGAAGAGGGGGAUGGUGGGGGAGGUGGUGAGAUCGGGGCGGAAGUGGGGGGAAGUGACGGGGAAGUGGGUGUGGGAGAGGGGGGGGGAGAAGCUCGGAGAGAGGGUGGAGAGGUGGGGAGGUUGAGAGUCGGAGAGGGGACGAAAGGAUUAGGGAGAAGAGAGGAAAGAGUAUGUACAGAGGAAGCAGAGGGGAGAGGCACUGACGGCCGUGAGAAGGGGAAAGGGGUGGAGAGGGAAGAGGAUACAGCAGCAGGGGGGGUGGGGGAGGGAGGGGAGCAUGAGGAGGGGAGGAGGGGGCAGGAGAGGUUGUGGGGGGAUGAGACGGGCGGAGAGGGCGCGAAUUUAUCCGCCCAGGCGUGGGGGAAUGGGGGGAGCGGAAGUGGCGCUGUUUCACCCGCGCAAAGGGGGAGCCUGUGGGGGAAUGAGAUACAUGGCGAUGAGGAAUUUAGAGAAGGGAGCAGUGAAGUGAGUGAGGAGGAGGGGGGCAGUGGGGAGGAGGGGAGUGAGGAAGAGGAAGAGGAGACUGGGAGCUUUCAGGAUGAUGAUGAUUACGAGUAUGAGGAAGAGGAGGAGGAGGAAGAGGAGGAGGAGGAAGAGGAGGAGGAGGAAGAGGAGGAUGAUUUUGAGGAGGCGGAGGGGGGCAUGGGGGAGGGGGAGAUGGACGAGGAUGGAGAGCCCAUGGACGAUCUAGGGUUUGAGGAACUGAUCGGAUUGCAGGGGCCGCUGUGGCGCCUCUUUGAAAACGCCACCACGGUGCUCUGCAGCAAUUUCUUUGUGCUCGUACUGGCAUUCUUCCUCCCAUUCAACCUCGGUCGUCUAUACAUUGCCCUCUUCUCCUUCCUCUUCCUCUCCCCCGCCUCCACCAUCUCUCUCGUCCCCAUCUACUCCCUCCUCCUCGGGCCCCCCACGCUCCCCCUCCCCACCCCUCCACCGCUCUCCACCCCUUCCUGCAUCCCCCCAAUCUACCCAACCUAUCUCAACUCCUCGGUACCGUUUGCGCACUGGGGCUUCUGCCCGGUUUCCUCUCGGCCUGCUUUCUUAGACGAGCUUCCUGUGUGUGCGUAUGAGACCGGGGGUUGGUCUCGGGUGGGGAGAGCAGCAGCAGCGGCUCCAUUCCUCCCAGCAGCAAUUACAGCGUUACCAGCAGCAACAGCAGCAACAGCAGCAGCACCACCACCACCACCACCACCAGCACCAGCAGCAGCAGCAGCAGCAGCAGCAGCAGCAGCAGCAGCAGCAGCAGCAGCAGCACCACCACAGCCCUCCUCGCACAUCUCCUCCAAAUCACCACGGCGCACCUCUCGUCCCUCAGGCCACGGGCUCGCAGCGGGGAAUCUAGUCUCUCUGCUCGUGGGCUAUGAAGUGGUGGCGUUUUGCUGUGCCGUGCAUGUGCUGGUUGCGAUUCAGUUGAGGAGAGCCAGGGGGUUGCCGCUGGUUGGGGCUCUGCCCGCCACGCUACUCGCCCUGCUGCAGGUGGCGCCGGCGAUUCAGGAGCACCUCGUGGCGGCUGUCAGGCACGGGCUAGUGGUUCUCAAGGUCACCAGUCUCUUGUCAGUCGAGCUGGGCGCUUUCCCGUUCCUCUGCGGCUGGUGGAUCGACUUUUGCUCGCUCUCCCUCUUCGGCGCCUCCCCCUCGGACCGCCUCGCACUGCUGCUGGCGCACCCGCUGCUGUGCUGCUUCCUGCACUGGUUCGUGGGGAUUCUGUACAUGCUGCAAGUCAGCCUGCUCGUCACCAUUCUCAGAGAGAUUCUGCGACCAGGCGUCCUCUCUUUCCUGCGGGACCCCACCGAUCCAAACUUCAACCCAUUCAGGGACCUGGUUGAGGAUCCCAUUCCCAAGCACGCGCGCCGCAUCGUGCUCUCCCUCUUUGCCUACGGCGCGCUCGUGGUGCUGCUGCUCUUCCUGCCCGUGCGAGCAGCCAUCGCCAUCGCUCCCAGCAUGUUCCCCUUCAACUACAGGUUCUCCGACCCAUUGAUGGAGAUCCCACUAGACAUGCUCUUGUUUCACGUGUGCAUCCCCUUUGCAAUCGACCGCCUGCGCCCGCGGGCCACCAUCAAGGCCGCGCUCUCCCUCUGUAGUGAGAUUGUCAGCGAGAGUGCUGGCGGCAGCGGCAGCGGGGGGAGUGGGGGCAAGAAGGAGGACGAGCAUUUCCGGCUGCGGAUAGUGGCGCUGCUGGUGGCAGCAUGGGCAUCCCUAGCAGUGUUCAACACGGCUGUGGUGCUGCUGCCCACGGCUGUGGGGCGAGGAGCCUUUCGGCUCUCCGCCUCCCUUCUCCCCAGUGCUGCUGACGACGCUCCCUGCAAUGACCUCUAUUCAUUCGGCAUCGGAGCCUACCUCAUCUGGGGGUCCAUAGCAGCCAUGCGAGCAGCUGUCUUGCGGUUACCGCGUAACAACAUGCGGACGCUGCUGCUGCCUCUCGUGCACUGGGCUGCUGUGGCAUUGAAAGCGGCUGUGCUGCUGCUGCUGUGGCUGGUAGUAGCGCCUAUUCUAGCGGGUCUCCUGGUCGACCUGGCAGUGAUCAUGCCCAUCCGAGUGCCCAUCAACGAGUCACCGCUGCUCUCUCUCUACCACGACUGGGCUCUCGGGCUCAUUCUGCUCAAGCUCUGGGCCAGAGUGGUCACCGCACAGAACCACUUAUUAGCCAACCACGAGUGGCGGGCCCGCUUUCUCCGCCUGCAACAAGACGGCCUUCGCCACCUCAACGCGCGCCGCACCUUCCUGGAAAUCAUCGCCCCCGUCCUCCUCUUCCUCCUCACAGGACUCACCGCGCCCUUCUUAGCAGUCCGCGCAGCUCUCCCGUUGCUCCGCCUGCCCCCCGUGCUCGAAUCAGCUGCGUUUCGAUUCGCGUGGAUCACCGCGCUGGGAGUGGUGGGGACAGCGAGGGUGUGGCGGCGGGUGUGCGACUGGCUCGCAUCGUUGCAUGAUGCCAUUCGGGAUGAUCGGUAUUUGGUCGGCCGGCGGUUGCAUAACUUUCAGCACCAGAGGAGAUGA